CAACUAUCAACCAAUAACUCAUCAUGUGGAAUUAUUUAUUUGGAGGUAAUAAACAACAGAAGAAAGAAUUGCCCAAGAAGGCAAUCAUCGAAUUACGUGAACAUAUUCAAAUGUUGAAUAAGAAACGCUCUCAUUUAGAACAACAAAUUAGUGACCAAGACGCUUUAGCAAGAAAACAUAUAACAACCAAUAAAAAUUUAGCUAAAAAUGCAUUGAAAAGAAAGAAGGGCUAUGAAAAUAAUUUAAUCAAAAUCGAAAAUCAAAUUGAUACAUUAGAAAAUGAAUUAACCGCAAUUGAAGGUGCCAAUUUGAAUUUAGAAACUAUGAAAGCUAUGAAACAAGGUGCUCAAGCAAUGAAACAAAUUCAUGGAGAAUACGAUGUUGAUAAAGUCGAAACCACCAUGGAUGAUAUCAGAGAACAAGUUGAAUUGGCUGAUGAAAUCUCGGAUGCUAUAUCAAGACCAGUUGGUACCGAAUACGUAGAUGAAGACGAAUUAGAUGAAGAAUUGGCUGCUUUACAACAGGAAGAAAAAGAAUCCCAUCAACAACAAGCUGCUCCUGCUCAAAAACAAUCCCAAGAAAAUGCUCAACAACUACCAGACUUCCCAUCGGUUAGUAAAAAUAAACCUCAAGCUAAACCUCAAACUGAAGAUGAUGAAGAUGAAGAAGCAUUGAAAGCAUUACAAGCUGAAAUGGGAUUAUAGCUUGCCAAUGUAUCUUAUUGGGUAUGGUGUUUUGUUUUAAUUUUCUUUUGAUACUUUUCUUUUCUAUUCUAUUCUAUUUUAUUUUAUUUUAUUUUAUUUCAUUCUAUUUAAUGUUGUCAUUUUAGUUUGCUUUCCUUUUCUUCCUUUCCUCUAUUCACGACAGCCUUAUAAUGUUACUUACGCAAUUGGUUCUUUUAUAUAUACCUACA